AUGGAGAAUUUACAACUCUUCCCGCCUCUCUUUGGAGCUGGAAAAGAUGCCGACUUCGCCGCGUCUGGGCGAACACUAUCAAUGGCUCUUUCUUCUCGGGAUCUUUCAGCAGCUGUAUUCGCUAGUGGUCAGACAGGAAGUAAGUCGUCGGGGGCGUUCCCCACUACCGUGCAGGACGUCUAUACUGCUAGUCUGGAAAAGAUUCCUACCGCUGACAGGCGAGCAUUCAUCACGGACACGUCCGUUGUUUUUGCUGCUCUGCAAAACCUUCGCCUUCCGGAGGUACAAGCAGCAACUAGUCUCACUGGUGACGUCUCGUACCAAACUACGAUCAAACUCGCUCUUGACUACGUGGCUCUCAUAAAAGACGCCUGGGUUCAGGCAUCCUCCCAUCCAGGAAAGGAGACCGAAGCCGACCACUAUCGCGUUCUCUACUCUUGCAUGUCACUCUUCGUCGCCCUAUAUCUUCCAGAAAACGACCAAGAGUAUUCACCUGUUGGCGAAGAACUUAUGGAGUGGCUGAACUUCAACUUCAUCAACCCAACCACCGAAGAAGGUGACCAACUUAGCGCCCAAGAACGACCCUGGGAGGACGCAGAGUUUUGGCCAUAUCUCAUGAGAACUGUGCUUCGUGGAUUGCUCAAAUCUUCAGAGUUCUUCGUCGGUUCCCUGACGAGACAUCCUUCGCAGCACUUGUCGAAAUUCGCCGAACAUCUUCGACCUGUACUCACAUCACAGCCUCGCCUCGUACAGUACACCGUCGAGCGCGACUUCGUCAUCGCGCAACGGCGAUGGAAGGAGCGGGUUAGGACCCUGCGCCUUGAGCUUGAUCGAGUCCCUGAUCAGGAGCGCCGCGACAAAUCGGGCGAUUGGUGGGCACCCAUGAGCAGUAUAGUUGGUAUACUUGAAGGUCGUGCGGACGCAAUCCAAGGAGUAUGCUUGGACCUUGGGGGUGAUUGGAAGGAACUCUGCGCCGCUUGGGGCAUCUUCGUCGAUCACCGAUUACUCCGACAAGAUCUUCCUGAAGUCGUGAGCCAGAUACUGGAUACUCUGCCGCCAGACCCGACCGACGCGGAGGACAUGAUCCUGUCCAGUCUCUUCUCCGGAAAGCCAGCAGACGGUCUAUCACAAGCCGCGAAGCAUGACCUGUGGUUGUCCGCCCACUGGAGUGACCUCAUGGAGACUCUGGAUCUCAUUGACUCGGCUGUGGAUCCUGGAACCGAACUCACCACGCGCCAACAAUAUGUGCUAUCAUAUGCAGAAAGUCUACGGUCAGAUCCAGCCCUCUGGCGUAUCAUCGUUGCGUACAUGGGCGCUUGUGGAGAGACGGGUCUUCGACGGGCAGAUGAAGUUCUGCUUCGUGUGCCCAUCAUGGAUGAGGACAAGAAGGCUACGGUCAACGCGGAUAGCGAUGAAGAUGCCGUACCUGAAACGCUCCAGGAGGUGGUCAAGAUGUGCUACGAACUUGGCCGUGAACAUGUCAGGAGAGAGGUCUGCUCGAUUGCCGCGCAAAAGUUCAUGCAACGCAGACAAUACGGGAUGGCAGUCUCGUAUCUCACCUCAGCAGAGAACUGGACAGGCCUUGGCAGGGUUGUUGAUAGUAUACUCGACGAGUACAUUGCCCAUGGCGCCGUCUCGUUUGUGCCCCUCGUCAGCUCCAUCGCCCCGUCUCUACAAGAGCUACAGGCUCAUCCAGAUGCUACCGGCAUCUUCAUUCGCCGGUUAGUGUUUGCCGUGCAAUAUGCCGAGUUCCAUCAGAGACGGGUGGACGGCGAUUACCAGGAUGCGGCAAUGAGUUUAGAAGCCAUGCUCCAGCAAGACGUGGCGCCCAAAGCCUGGUGGGCGGUGCUGCUUUGCGAUGCAGUAGAGCUCCUGGAUUUGGCUCAGGAUGGCGUUCUCCUCUUUUCUUCCGUAGGCGCCGUUCAGCUCCUUCAUCGUCUUGAGGAGUUACACAUUGCUGUGACUCAGGGCUCCGAUGAUGAGUAUCUGGCGAUAUUGAAGGCGAUUCUCAAGGGAGCGAGUGGUAAUGACGCACUUCGUCGUCUACAGCGUACUCGUCUGGCUUUGGCGAAGUAUUAUGCAGCAUGUACUGUCGUGGCUGACGAUGCGGAACGUUGGCGCGCGUAG